AUGGAUCCAACUCAGUAUCAUUUCAAUCCCUCGUUCUUUGACAACGAUAUCGACGAAGUCGGAGCCGAACUUGAUCGCAUCCCGGAGGAUCAAUAUUGGCCGUACUUCCCCGAUCCCAUCCUUAAUCCCUCCCUGGAAGACAUACUAGGUACAGGUUAUAGAUUUGAUAUCUCGGCCUCCUCCGAGUCAUCCGUAUCGUAUGACUCGCAAUCCAACUUCUCUUCGUUAUACGAUUCGGAGCCCCUUCCGGACAAUACUGCGGUAUUGUUUUCAAGUAUGCAGCUGGAGAACGCUCCUCCUCAUUUGAAUUCACACAUCAACGAGGCCUAUGCAUAUGAGAGCCCUCAAUAUCAACAUGGUUUUCGCUUGGAUCAGUCUUUGGAUAUCUCUUCCUUCGACAAUGAGAUCGAUCAAGCCCAAGCCGAACUUGACGGCAAAGGUCAUUCAAUGGCAUGGUUUGAUUCUGAACCCACCCCAAGUAGCAUCGUGGGCACGGGUUAUCCAUCGGGAACCUUCUCUGAAUCAUCGCUUUCGCAUGACUCUCAAUCCUCCUAUACAUCGUAUGCGUCAGAGUAUCUUCCGAACAAUUCGAUGGUCGUCCCGAUGGAGACAAUAUCAUCGCAAGCUUCGGUCACCGCACCCUCUCCCUCACAGUGUGUGCAAGCAGGUCGUAAGCACGUUUGCAUGCAUUGCCACAGACGCUUCAAAACGCGAUGGAACCUUAAGACCCAUAUAGAAACGCAUCUUCCCGUUAGGGAGAGGGAGAAGCAAUACGGGUGCACGAACGCAGGUUGUGGAUACGUGUCUGCCCGCAAGAAUGAUUUGAAGAGACAUGAGACCUCUUGCAGACAUAAAGCUCAGGAAACGGGC